GCUUUAAUGCUUCUUUUUAUGUAGCUAUCUCAAAGAGAGAAAUACAGUAUAUAAUGGCGUAUUUUAUGUAUGUACUAACUCGUGAGUUCGUGAGGAAAAUUAAUGGCGUUUUUGUAGGAUUUUGGAUAAACGCCUAAAAUAAGGUCUGUGAUAAACAGGCAUAAGAACGUGUUUAUACAUUUUGUUCGAUGAGAUAGUCUUCAUAAACGACCAUGACUUUUUGUGAUUUUUGAAUAACCUAUGCAAUAAGGUAAAACAAAUCACAAUGGUCAUGCUAUUAUCUCAUAGAACAAAAUUUAUUAGGGCUCAUAAUCCGCUUGUUUAUUCCAUGUGUAACUCUGUGUUGUUGUUUCUGCCGCACUGCUUUGCUUUAUCUUGGCCAGGUCGCAGUUGUAAAUGAGAACUUGUUCUCAACUAGUCUACCUAGUUAAAUUAAGGUUAAAUAAAUACAAUAUUUAAAUUUAAAAAUCCUGUGUUAACUUCAGAAUUUAUUUUGGGCGUUUUUUCCAAAACCCUAUUCUUUCCCCAUUCAUUUUUCCAUAGGGAUGACUAAGGACUGCAAACUGGCGAGCACACAAACAUUUCAGACAAAAUCUUUGGAAUAGCAUCAUCAUUUUAGACACUGACUGCAUUGCCAGGGUAUCCCCACGGUCUUCCUUGCACAAGGCGGCGAUAUUUUUUGGCCAAGUCAAAUCCACCGAAGAAAAAUCAAAGAAAAGGGCGUCGUUUUUAAAGCACGUUGUUUUUUCUCCAACAACGGCUGUGUUGUUGUCUUGGUACUGUAAAUACAAGCAGUAACUAGCUAGCUGGUUCGGUUCAAUACUUUUUUUCUUCAGUUCAAUACUUGUGUUGCAAAACAGACGUGGCUAACGUUACGCAUUUAUACUAAGAAGCUCACACUGUACAGGAAAUGGAAAACUUGGAUUUCUCAGAAGAUGAAAUUCAACAACAAUUGGAGGCACUUGGUUACAACAACAUACCAAGACACAGACUACAUGAAUUCAAAAGAGAUCUAGAUGAACUGAUCCGACAUGAAAAAUCUGAGAGCCACUCAUCCAGUGAAUUGAACUCGACAAGAUCUCAAAGCACCAGCUUCAAAAGUCCUCCUGCAGUCACCAAGGUUAAAGUACAGGAUAACACUGCAGCCUUCAGAAAUGGGUUUUCCCAGGAUGGUCCAUCACACCAUGAAAGACGGGUGCUAACCUCCACAUACAGCAGAGAUAACAGUAACUAUGGUGCCAGACAGGAUUAUGACUCCUACACUCAGCACUCUGUUGCCCCCAAGUACCAGCGCCCCUCAACAGCCCCUAAUAGGCUGGAAGUGGAUCCAGACCUAACUGACCUCCAGCAGUUAUCGUUCGCUGUCAGUCAGUCAUCCACACCAGACCGAGACACAGGAGCGAAUGGGAGACCCUUUAUCAAGAGGAAAGUCCUGAGGAAACAUCAAGGCCAAGUUCACAUCUUCGAUGAAUCAACACACAGUGAAGAUUCCGGUGCAGUGAGUGGGCUGGGGGAGCGUCAUGUGUCCAUGUCCACCCAUCAGGAGUUGGAGCUGGAGAGUGAUGAAGCAGGCAGUCUGAGUGACAGGUCGGAGUCGGACCGUCUCCCAAGUGCCUUCAAAGCCUACAUCAGAGGCAUGGCCAGAUCUCGGAGUGAGAUUGACAUCAGACCCCAGCCCAAGUCGUUUAUCCGCCCAGUAAAGGAUCAUCCUCACACCAAAAAUCUGAAGAAGACAGACCCAGUGGCAAAGUAUUUCCAGUACAAGCAGGACUGGGAAAUGUUCAAGGCGCCAGGAGAGAAGCAUAGAAAAGCACUGCACUGGGAAAUCAGGGAACAGCUCGCGUACCAACCUCUACCACCGAAGCCUCGAAGAGUAUUUGUGCCCAACACCUACGUGGUGCCUACAGAGAAGAAACGCUCCGCCCUGAGAUGGGAAAUACGACAUGACUUGGCCAAUGGACUCUUACCGCCAAUCAACUAUCGACUCUAGGCCUUAUGUACUUUACACCCAAAAUAGGCUCUUUUAAUCACCAGUUUGCAUAUCUUAUCAUUGACAUUUAUUUAUUAUAUUAAAAGGCAUGACAAACA